UUACCUGCAGAAUCGAACACAUAGAAGUCUGGGUUCAUGCCGGAUUUCGAGCACUUCAGAUUUUCCUACUCGAGUAUGAAUCCGGUCCUGGGGGAGAGCGGUUUCCUGGCCCCGCAGCAGCAUCAUCACCAGAUGACGGGCCAGACCGACUCCGCCAUCCCAGAGCCUGGAUACUUCCUGGGGGACCACGGCGGGUUUGGGCCCGAUGGGCUGUCCGGGCUAGACCUGGGCUCCCUGCCACCAUCGGGCCUCGCCUACCUGCACCUGAGCAACCCCCUGCACCGCGGGCCCCCGGCGGCUAUGGCGCUGCGCAACGACCUGGGCUCCAACAUCAGCGUCCUGAAGACCCUGAACCUGCGCUUCCGCUGCUUUUUGGCCAAAGUGCACGAGCUGGAGCGCAGGAACAAGGUGCUGGAGAAGCAGCUGCAGCAGGCGCUGGAGGAUAACUGCGGAGGGGAUGGUCACCAGAAGCCGCUCACCAAAGAGAUGGGAGUCCAGACUGGAUUUAUUGGGCCUAUCCCGCCCAGACCGGGCCUCAUCCCGCUCCACAACGCCAACAACUCGGCCUACCUGCCCGGCGGCCUCCUCUCCCCGACCCUGAACCCUCCUCCUCUGUUUGACAACAAGUACCUGCUGGGGAACAACCUCAACCCGAUCACCACGGACUCUAACUCCAACCUCACCACGUCUGGCUUCUCCAUCAGCCCGGCCCUGAGUCCCACAGACCCGUCCAAAACCAUCACCAACAUCAACGAGAAACUGGCCUGUCACACCGGGACCAACACCAACAACGUCCUCCCUCCUCCCCCGCGCUUCCUCCCCGGGACCAUCUGGUCCUUCAACCAUACCCGCCGGUUCGGCACCGGGAGGGAGUCGUGCGUCACGGGUCCCGGAGUCUCCUGGACGCACCCGGACGGUGUCGGGGUCCAGAUCGACACCAUCACACCUGAGAUCAGGGCCCUGUACAACGUGCUGGCCAAGGUGAAGAGAGAGAGAGACGAGUACAAGAGAAGAUGGGAGGAGGAAUACACCGCCAGAAUGGACCUGCAGGAGAAGGUGGCAGAACUGGAGGAGGACCUGCAGGAGAGCGAGGUGUGUCAGGAUGAGCUGGCUCUGAGGGUGAAGCAGCUGAAGGCAGAACUUGUUCUGUUUAAAGGACUCGUCAGCAACAACCUGUCGGAUCUGGACAGUAAGAUCCAGGAGAAGGCCAUGAAGGUGGACAUGGACAUCUGCCGCCGCAUCGACAUCACCGCCCGCCUCUGUGACGUCGCCCAGCAGAGGAACUGCGAGGACAUGAUAAACAUGUUCCAGGUGGCCACGCCCCCCUCCACGCUGAGCGGCCGGGCCAGGAAGCAGAGCGGGCAGUCGGCGAAGGGCGGCGACGGAGACGACCUGAGCAUGUCCGAGGGCGAGGGAGGCGGAGCCAGAGACGAGGAGUCGUGCAGCACGUCGGCCAAUCAGAUCAACGAGCAGAUGCAGAGGAUGCUGAAUCAGCUGAGGGAGUGUGAGUUCGAGGACGACUGUGACAGUUUGGCCUGGGAGGAAACUGAGGAGACUCUCCUGCUCUGGGAGGAUUUUCCUGGAUACUCGCUGGGAGUGGAAACACAAGCAGAGCUGCAGCCAGACGAGUCCAUCGAGGAGGUGAUUAAAGACACCGAGUCUCUGUUCAAAUCCAGAGAGGAGGAGUACCAGGCCACCAUCGACCAGAUCGAGCUGGAACUGGCGACGGCCAAGAGCGACAUGAACCGCCACCUGCACGAGUACAUGGAGAUGUGUUCGAUGAAGAGAGGCCUGGACGUCCAGAUGGAGACCUGCAGGAGACUCAUCACUCAGAGCGGAGACAGGAAGUCGACCUCGCUCAUCACUCUGACGGUGGACGACUCUGACGGCGAGGAGAAGGAGAAGGAGAGGAAAAAGCCGGCUCUCCCCGCCGACUCCGAGAGCAGCGACUCGUGCUGCGACGCCAACGCCGCCAUCCCUCCUCUGACCUGGAGGAAACCCUAACACACACUGAAACACACACACACACACACACACACACACACACUGACGUAACGUCACACCGAUGCUCUUCUCUUCCUCUCAGUGGCGUUUGACAAGAGUUCACACAUCUAAUCUUCUGUCUUUCUGGUUUCUGUUGAUCCAAAGUAGAUUUUUACUGGUCACAUGACAGCAGGUGAUUUAAAGUUACUCCAGGGUUGUUUAAAAAAAAAAAAAAGAAAUUGCAUAAAUUGCUUGAAAGCUUAUGUAGACAGUUAAUUUUCAAGGCAAUAACUCUGCUGCCCUCCUGUGGCCAUCAGCUGUAACUGCACCCCAGUGAAGGUCAAACUAGAACGACUUGGCACUUUAAAGUCCUUCACUGGCGUCUUCGUCAUCGAUGAGAUGACACGUCGUGUCUUAUUUUGCACACUGAAGUUUCUGUUUUGUGCAGGAAACGAUUGUUGGCACAGAUUCUGUCGCGAUGCCUUUCAGCUGCAGGUUCACAUGUGACGCACAAAGAAAAAGUUUGCACAUAACUGUCCACUGAAGUGAUGUAAGAGUGAGUUGUACUAAUUAAUUUGUAUUUAUAACAAUCUAAUGCUUUUUGUCUCGACAUUUCUAUUUUAUUUUUGUGCAGCAGUUUUAAAAUGUUGCAGAAGUUUAAUCUCUAAAAUAUAAAUUCACCCAACUGAUGACUUCUGGGAUUUUACUGUAAGAACUUCACAGAUCUCCAACUAUCAACUUGCCUUAAACUGUUUAACUAAAAAUAACAGAAUAUGACACCUCGUUCUGAAAAUGCAUCAUGAAGGAUUUUAAUUUUGCUAUUUUCGUAGUGCGCAAAAGUCCUGAGGGACAAGUGAAGACGCAAGAACUAAUCGGAAAACAUAUAUUUUCUUUUUUACAUUUUCUUUGUGUCUUGUUUUAAAGAAAAAGAAAGAAAUUUUUAUCUAAAAUUUAUUGGGGAAUUUUCUUUCCAGGAAAACUUUUCACACAUGAAACUGAAAAAAAUAUCAAGUAGAGAACAGAAAGUGUUUUUUUCUUUCCACGUUUUUAUUUUCUCUUUCCGUAAACAAAGAGUAUUAUUUCUCCUCAACUCAGUUUUACACAUAAAAAAAAAAAAAAAAGAGAAACAUUUUUGUUUUUUUGUGCGAAACUAAGUGAAACAAAAACAUUUUCAGAGAAACUUGAUGACAGAAAAAAAAGUUUCCACUGAAAUAUUUCUUGUUUACAUGUUUUCACAGAUAAGUUUCUACCAGUUCUCACGAACACAGGAGAGAAAACAGAUUCAGAAGAUGGAAGAAUAACCUGUCUUCAUUUGUCCCUCUGGGCUUCCAUACAAAAGAGAAACUGCACCAUCAAAGAAUCAAAAUGAAUGAAAAAAGUAUUUUUACAUAUUUGUUAACUCCAGCUCAGAUUUCUGUCACACUAAAGCAUCAGAAUUGUUAUUGAUCAUCACCUGGGUUGUAACACAGCUGUCACGAUAUCAGACUUCACAAUCACGAUAUGAUCACGAGAUCUUUAACUCUGUUGAGAGUCUGAGACAUGACUGUGAAGAAAGUGCACAAAAAGAACAAUCACACGUAAUAAUUAACGAAAAGGCAACUGGAUGAACUCAUGUGAUUAUUAACAUCUCCAUGAUAAAUAUUUUAAUAUCACAGUUGUCCUGAAAAUAUCUCAACAUCGUGAUUCAUGUUGCGAUUAAUUUCUAAAUAGCGUCCAGAAAAACUAGGAAAACGGCCGAGCUGACGUCACUUCUUGUCUCAGACGAACACACAAAAGUUAAAAAGAAGCAAACAAAAAGCAAAUUAUCUGAAUUGUUGCUUAAGUUUGUGACUCCAGAACUUUCAGAUCCCGACAGCUCAACUAAAGUCGUCCUGAUCUGAAUCUCUCAGCUGAUUCUGAUUCUUUCCUCUACAUAUUUAUGUGCCAUUAAUCACAACUCAGCGUCCUCCUUCCUGUUUUACUCUCCGUGCUAAAAGAAAUCGUUGCGCCGCAUUUUACAUUUCGCAGAAUUGACGAGCGUCAGAUUCGUCUGAAGGAACUCCGUCUGUGAUUUUGAGACGUUUGGCAACAACAAGAAAUCUAAAAGCGUUUUCUUGUUUUUCUUUUACAACAACAACAAAAAAAUAAACCUAUUUUAAAACGUGUUGUUAGAACAACUGUACAGUUUGUAAAGGCUCAACGUUGUAUCUACUGUACAUAACCGCGGCUGAGCUGUAACGCUGCUGGCUUCCUGUUCUCCUGACGUACGUUCAGCUGGUUUGAUUUCUACCAUCUUUGAGUUCAUGUAGUCGUCUCAGAGAAAACACACCUGCAGCCACGAUUCAGACUUCCUGUUAGAGGACGUGUACAUACUUUUGGGGGAGAGAAGCCAUUUUGCAGGAGGUGUGUUUAAAAAAAAUAUCAGGCUUUUUUUUUUUUUUCUACUUCGCUUGGUGCCAGUUCUCCUCUCUCUGUUGACCUUGCUGCUAUGAACGCAUCACCGUUCACACGUCAUCAAUCACAUCAUUAACUGAAUGUCUGCUUGAUCAAUAACCUGCCGUGUUCACCACAGAAAACAGAUUCGUUAAAGGAACAACGUCCAGUUUCAGUCCAGGUGUCCUGAAAAUGCUUUUUACUCAUCGCUCGGAGAGGAAGUGGACUAAGAUCUGACGUUGUUCCUUUUUUAAUGUCGAGGAGAAAAAAAAAAAAACACAAAAAACAAAGCAAGUGUACAAUAAUCAUUAAAGCCAAUAGACGCUCAUCACUCACCUCAUGGAUCUGCACAGAUGCUGCUGCUGCUGUAACGGAACUGUUGAUCUAUAUUAUCUGACUGUAAACAAAACAAAAAGCAUCUGUGGAGACAAAACGAAUAAUUCAGAGUGUGAAAGGAAGAAAAAAAUGACUUAAAGACCUCGUGGAACACAAACUGGAACGUUUAACGGAGAUUAAAGAUGAAAUACUGACAGAAAAUAAGACGGCAGAAGCCAAAUAAGUCGUCUGGAGAGUUUCUGAGCUCAGCGUGUUUUCACGAGAUCUUUAAAGUUCGAUUGUUUGUCAGAAUGUUUGAUGGAUCGACUGACAUGAAAAGUUGCACAGAAUAAAAAAUGUUUAAAAAGUU